CUCACUUGUAGGUACAGGCGAUUGUAAGCAGUAACUAGCAAGCUUAGUUGUUAGGGUUAGAUGAGGGAUGAGGAGGAAGAAGAGCAGCAGCAGAAGGCGGUGUUGGAACUAGUGUUCGGGCAAUCAUCCUCCGAAGGCGAAGGUGGAUCUGAUUCUAAUUCCGAUUCCGAUUCCGAUGUUGAGUGUGAGUGUGAGUGGGAGGAGAUCGAGGAAGUGAAAGGGCUAUGGUUAUGCAAGGACUUCCUCUCUCCAAAACAACAAUCCCGUUUGCUUUCAGCCAUAGAAGACGAGAAUUGGUUCACCCAACCCUCCAUUAACCAGGCCAUGAGGUUCGGCCACCAACAUCUUCCUCCUUGGGCCAUUCAAUUAUCCCAUUCUAUACGCCACUCCCUCCUCCGUCGCGACGACGUCGUUUUCCCAAUCCAUCGAGAACCACUAUUCGACCAAAUGAUAGCCAACCUCUACCAGCCUGGUGAAGGCAUAUCCGCCCACGUCGACCUCUUGCGUUUCGACGACGGCAUCGCCAUCAUCUCCUUGGAAUCAUCCUGCGUCAUGCAUUUCACACCCGGAUCCGGAUCCGGAUCCGGAUCCGUUUCGGUUCCCCUUUUGCUGACGCCAGGUUCGUUGCUUCUCAUGUCAGGGGAAGCAAGGUAUCGUUGGAAGCAUGAGAUAAAUCGCAGACCUGGUUUUCAAUUAUGGCAGGGACAACAAUUGACUCAGACCAAACGCACCUCCAUCACCCUCAGGAAACUCUGCCCCUCUCCAUGAAAAUCCAAACACAAAGUUCUCUAUUUCCCACUUCAAUGUUUAUUCAAAUAAAUUUCCAUAAUAGUCACA